AUGGGCGCCUCUAUAAUUGAGAUCCAGCGCGACAUCAUUAUCAACACAAUCCGCCAUGCUGUCGGCCACGAGUGGAAAGUUCUGGUGGUAGAUGACCAAAGCAGGAAAUUGAUCAAUGGCGCCGUGAAGGAGGAAGAGAUUCUCAAUCUCAACGUUUCCAAUGUCGAACAAAUCGAGCACCGACGACCGUCCAACCCGGACAUGGACGCAGUAUACAUAUUAUCUCCGGAUUCAUGGAUUGUGGACUGUUUGAUGGCAGAUUUCGAAGUCGGACGGUACCGGAGGGCAUACCUGGUUUGGACCUCUUUCCUCGAUCCGCAACAACGAGUGCGAUUAGACCGAUCCGAGAUGGCACGAGAGCGAAUCGCCGACUACCGUAUUAUGAAUAUUAGCUUCUACCCUCGGGAGUCGCAUUUAGUCACCUUUCGCGAUCCCUACAGCUUCCCAAUUCUCUACCAUCCAGGCUGCAACAAUUUAAUUCGCCAACACCUUCAAGAGCUGGCUCAGAAGAUUGUUUCGCUUUGUGCCUGUUUGGGCGAAUAUCCCGUCAUUCGUUAUUACCGGCCACGAACGCCUACUCACGAAGCUGCUGUCCUAUGUUCACAUUUGGCACGCUUCGUGCAGGAUGAACUGGAUCAGUUUGCGCAAUUCCAACGUGACUUUCCUCCACAGACUAACCGGCCUCGGGGCGUUUUGCUUAUUGUAGAUCGAUCGAUGGACACUUUCUCUCCUCUACUCCAUGAAUUCACCUACCAAGCCAUGGUCCAUGAUCUUCUCCCAAUUAAAGACGGCGAUAAGGUCACCUAUAAGACCACCCUCAACGAAGGCAAGGAUAAUGAAGAAACAAAGGACAUGGAAAUUGGUGAAAUGGAUAAGGUGUGGGUGUCCUAUAGGCACAUGCACAUGAAAGACCUGCUUGGUAAGCUUGGAGAGGAUUUCGCCAAAUUUCGAGCUGCCAACCCCCAAUUUGCCGAAGACAAUGACAAGACGAACGUGAACACAAUCAAGGAUAUGCUUGGUGGUUUGACCGAGUUUACAGAAGGUAAAGAUUCAUACACUCUACAUCUGAACAUGGCGGAAGAGUGCAUGAAAUUCUUCCAAAAGAACAAGCUCCUGGAGGUGAGCUCAAUCGAGCAAUCUUUUGCCACGGGCCUCGACGAAAACUUCAAGAAAGCCAAGAAUCUCGCUGCACAACUAGUACAAUUACUAGAUGACGAGCAGGUUAUUUAUCCAGAUCGACUGCGCUUAAUUCUUUUGUAUAUCAUGUACCGCGGGGGACUUCUAGGUGGUGACAUCAGGAAGCUUAUGGCGCACUCCCAACUGCCAGGCAACAAUGGAGAAGUGAUCGCGAACCUUGAACUCCUGGGAGUCCGGGUGGAAAAGCCUCUGAAGGACGACAAACCCCCAACACAACCUCUAUUCAACCGUCGAGCCCCGGCUCCCGAGGAUGAGGAGCUUAGCCUAACCCGUUAUGAACUGGGCAUCAAGCAACUGCUGGAGGAACAGAUCCAGGGCUCGUUGGACCCAAGCGCCUUCCCAUACACCCGUCCCCACACUGAAGACGACGGCAGCAUGGCCACACAUGAAGCACUUUCACAACAAACAUCUCUGCGCAGCGCAAAGCCCACAUGGGCUCGCACGCGGACUGUAGACCAGCCUCGUCAACGAAUCAUCGUCUUCAUGGCCGGAGGCGCUACCUAUCCCGAGUCCCGCGCUUGUUAUGAGAUCUCCCAGGCCUAUAACAGAGACGUAUUUCUUGCCACCACCCACAUGCUCAGCCCGAGCCUCUUCAUCCGCCAGGUAGCCGAUCUCAGCGUCGACAAACGUCGCCUAAAUAUCCCAGCCGAGCGACCGAAGCCAAAGGCACCGGCUCAUCUCUUCGAGCGCGAGGCUCCGCCUGCCCCCGCAGAACCACCGCAGAGAAAGAAGCCCAUCCCCAACCUUAACCCUCCAGCUCCACCACAGCAUCAAAUGGCCAAUAUGUCCCUGAACAAUGGGUCACACUCACACUCGCAUUCCUCGUCUGAUGGGAAAUUGCACAAGAAGGACAAGGAUAAGAAAGACAAAGACAAAGACAAGAAGGAUAAGGAUAAGAAGGACAAGAAGUAUCGUUUCUUCUAA